UAUGACGUCAAAGUGCGUAUGUGAAAAAUUCUUCGCCAGAGAUGACGCCGACAUGUCAAACAACACGACGUCUACGACGUCAACUUUUUCUACGGCGUCAAAGAUCUCUCAAGGUGUAUAUAUUGGCCUUUUAAUUCUUUUGGGAGUUGGAGGAAAUUCUGCAGUUAUUUUUGCUAUAUUUAAACACUUACGCUUUAGAAGUGUUACCAAUGCCUUUAUAUUAGCCUUGGCCGGAUGUGAUCUGCUGAAUUGCUCGAUUUCAAUGCCGAUUGCUUUAGCAGCUUUAAGUAUGAACCGUUUGCCUGAUGUAGCAUGUCAGUUCAACGCAGUUUCAACUGUUUUCAGUGAUAGUAUGAGUGUAUUUAUGGUAACGCUUAUUGGAAUCGACAGGUUAUCCCUAUUAAAUAGACAAAGAAAGGUUAGUAAAAAGUUCUGCUUUGGGCUCAUCUUCCUCUGCUGUAUAAUUUCAUUAACUUUCUCGAUGCCUUCCGCCAUCAAUUCGGCAAAAAUUAAACAUCAUCAGCCAUUCAUACACUGCUCCUACCUCCUUUUAGGCAACCAAAAUUUGGAAAGAGUAAAACUUUUAAGAGGCGUCUUUAUCAUCAUCACUUUUGCUCUUCCAUUUGCUGUUAUGCUCUAUAGUCUUAGAAAAUUGUUCAAAUUGGCAGGAAGACCGUCAGUCUCAAAGAUAACUCCUGCUUCCGUUCAAGCACAAAAUCUAAAAUUUGAAGGUGAAGUUCGAACUGCAGGAACUGUUCUAAUUAUGAUAACAACGACGCUGUUGCUCAGGUCACCGAUUAUUAUAGCCUCUAUUUGCCAAAUGAUGAAUGUUCGUAUAGGGCCCAAGGCCGAUUCGACUCUUAUUUUAAUAAAUUGGACAGCGAGUGUAGUUCAUCCUUUUACUUAUGCCAUACGAAAUCCGCUUGUAGCAAAUCUCAUCAGGGUGAAAAAACCUCCUCUGACAGUACCCCCACCGGUACCCGCUGCAGUCAUGGAUAGAUCUCGACGAUCCUCUCUAACUUCGAAAGCUACAGGAGAAGUGAACUCGUGGCCAGAUCUUAUUUUUCCAACAUUACGCAAAAUAUCUAAUAUCAGCGUCGACACAAGUAAAACGGUUACUAGUAACGUUUGA